AUGGCGGCCUGGUUGUUCAAGAAGCUCGCGUCCUUCGUGAUUCUGGCCUAUGGAUUCGUCAGUCUUUUGGUCUAUGGGCUGUUUGCCGUGAAAGCUGGUAUCUUCUUUAAGCGACCCACUGAGAAAGAGACCCUCGAACUGCAGAUAGCUCGCAACCAAUUCUGGGAUCUAUCCAAAGACUGGGCCGGUUUUGUCCACCACAUCCUCCCUCUGCGCAGUGGGUUCAAAUUCCACUACGUCAGCAACGACUCCGACAGCUGCGAAGACCAGUCGAAGCCGGUGGUCGUUUUCCUCCAUGGCUUCCCGGAUAGCUGGGCCAUCUGGCGCCAUGUUCUCAGGUCGACGGUCCUCCGCGAAUCCUCGACCCUGAUCGCCGUCGAUCUGCCCGGCUAUGGAGGAAGUGAUAGCUUCGAGGAAUACUCGCCGACGAAUGUGCUGGAAAGCUUGACGGAAUUCAUCAUUGCCAUCCGCGCCAAGUAUGGUGUUGAUGGUGAGGAUGGCUCGCAGCAGAAAACGUUGAUCAUUGUCGCGCAUGACUGGGGUUGUGUUUUGGCUAUGAGACUCGCGUCUGAGGCUCCUCAGUUGGCGGAUCGGUUUAUCAUGACCAAUGGACCUCUCACUCGACUCGCUGUCUCCAACGCCCGUCGUCUGCUAUCCUCGUCGCUCAAGAUGUUCAAGAUCUCCCUGCGCUCGCCGAUCCAAUCACGCGCGACGCUCUGCAACGCGAUUAAGACGCUGAGCCCCCUGAUCCGGCAGUUGCGACGCUCCAAAUAUAUAUUCGCCAUGCAGCUGCCCUUGGUUUUCGUUCGGUACAUGGGUCGGGGAGGAAACCAAUCGUUUUUGAAACUCAUCCACCGGUCGUCCUACGCAAAGCGGGAGGUUACUUCACAGGAUGCGGCAGAGUCGAUGGCCAGCUCCAUGGGCCCGUCCACCGAGGAGUGCAAAACCCAGACCCCCGACGGCGAGGAAUACCCUACUUCUCUGAAGAAUGACCGCGCCCCGUCCAGCUUCCAGCACAUGGCCGGUUACUACAGGGACAAGACGAGCGUAGGGCGCUGGCACAAGUCCGUUGAAUCGAUCACUGCCCUGCAUAGCAUCGCCUGCGGCCGAAGCAUCCGUCGCGCCAGCAGCGGGACUGGGCUGUUUGACGAGGGUCCCAGGGGGGCCCUGAAAGCCUGUGCAACCAUCCUUUGGGGAAAGAACGACAUCGCCCUGGAGCCGCAGAUCUGCUUGGAUGGGAUCGCGGACUACCUGGUCCCUGACAGUCAGCUUAUUGAGCUCCCCCUGUCGGGCCACUUUACCCCAUUGGAGCGGGAGAGUCAGGUUGCGUUGGAGAAGGCGAUCGAGUGGGCUGCCAAGGGCGAGAAGGAAGAUAUCGGGACUGUCAUUAAGGCUUGUUAUCCCAACUCCGUGGUGACUGUCCGGAAAUGAGCUGGAAUUGAUUAUGAGGAUGAAGGACGGGAGCCAAGUUUGCACUUGAGCGUUUGUGAACCUGAUCACCGUGUUUUUUUUUGAUUCGACCCUUUGUUUCUUUGUCUUGUCCCUGCUGGCUUGUGUUCUUCGAGCUCCACUCCACUUGCAAAUUGUUUCACUGUAGCUGGUACAUACAUAUGCACAUAGGUAUGGGC